AUGACAAACUUGUCUCGACUGCUAUGCGUGUCCGUAUUUUACGUUUCAAUAUUGAAAAAUUCCGAAUCGCACACCACACCCGAUGACAAACUGCCCGAGUGAGUAUAAAAGAUAAUUAUUAAUAAUAUACAAUACGAAUAAAUAUCAUUAACAGACGAUAAAUAAAUCUGUUUUGCAUAAAUCGUCAAAAUAAUUACUGUAUUAUACUGUGUGCGUUAUAGAUUUUAAUAGAAGUGGAUUUAUAGUACUUAUAUUGUUGGGAUUUUUUUGGUAACGGCUCAAUGCACACAAACUAUUAGACAUUAUUUGCUACAAAAAAAAAAAAGGCUCUCUUACCGUUUUUUUUAUCGGAACAAGAUUCCUAAACUAUAUUACUUUGUUCGAUAACUUUUAAAAAUAACUGUUAAUUCUUUUAGUAAAAAAUUUAAUUCAACUUAAAAGUUCAGUAAUUUAUUAAUUUACUGUAAAAAAAAAAAUAAUAAUAAUAAUACUAAUAAAAACAUGUACGUAUAUUAUGUUUUUAUGUUUAUUUGAAUACAUACGAAAAUUACGUAUUUUAACGUGAAUUUUAUUACGACAAAACAAAAUGUGAUCUGUUUAAAGAUAUUCACACGAACCGUGUACAGUAAGUCUAUAAAAGUCUUAAUUUUAGGGGAAAAAAGACAUUUAUGAAUGAAAUAGUUAAGAUUAAUUAAUUUUAAAAAGUAACUUUUAACAUAAUUAAGUUAUCAUUUUCCUAAAAAUAUGUAACUUAACUUAGUUACUCAAAUUUAUUUAUACUUAAAAAUUAACUUGAACUUACCUAAGUUAUUUUUUUUAGGAUAUUUUAUUAUUAAACCUAUUGCAUUUUCAAUAUAGGUUUGAAAAUGGAAAGUCAGAUAAACACGUACUCGACUAUCUGCUGAGUCCUAAACGAUACGACAAACGAUUAUUACCUCCGUCGUACGGUAAGUAAAAUGCAUUUUUAUUUGUUGACAUUUAUGACGUACUGUAACUGAGUUACUCAGUAUUUUUCGUCCUCAUUCUUUUAAAAACAAAACUCAAUAAAAGAAAUUCAAUUUAACGUGUCUCACUGUUUUCACUCGUAUCCCUAUCAUAGUUAAUCAGUAUUGCCCGGUAAUUUAUUUUUUAAAAAGGGUAUUUUCUUGUCUAUAAUGAUAAAUAAAAUAAACUUUCGAAUUUUGAAUGGUUCGAGGAAUUUAUUGAUUUUACAAUGAUAUAAGUAUAUUUUUUUUUCAGUGACUUUUUUACUAGACAUUUUGCUCUGAUUUUCAAGUGUAGCGCAUUUUCUGAAAAUAAAUUUGACUUGGAUGGUACUUUAAGAAAAUUAUUUUCUCAGGGGCUUUCAUAAUAAAUGGAAAAAGCCAAGAAAAACGAGAACAUUUAUGGAAUGUAUUAUUUUAAAAUCGUAAAUAUUAUAGCCUUUCGAAAUAUAUAUAACCUAACCCCACUCAAAAUCGUUUUUCAUUAGCAAUGAUUAAUCGUGACAUAUAUACAUUACAUUUCUCAUUUACCUUUCCAACUUCUCACAUACAACUGCAAUAGUAGUCCACCCAUCGUGCAAAGUAUGUCCGUUUGUUUUUUGAAUUUUGUCACCAAGGUGAUUCAGAAUUCAAAAAAUUAAAUUAAAUUUGUUCUUAUUAAAAUAUCUAAAACCAAACGUGAUACACCUUUUAGGGGUUGAAUUUCGAGUUAAAAAAUAGACAGUGACCUUUCUCGUGCUUUGAAUGUUAAGUGUGCAAAGUUCAAUCAUGAUCAGAAUAAAAUAGUAGAUUUAUUUAUAUCUGAAAGACAGAUAAACAUAUAUACAGAAUAAAUUUAAACAAGAUAUAAAUGAAUAAGUCUUCAAAAGUGAUCCGCACUGCGAUUAGUUUAUGUAUUUAUCGAGAAUUGUUUAUUUCAAAAAGUAUAAAUUUCAAUAAUAAAAAGGUGUCUUAGGAAAAUGGGAACGGCUGUAUAUUUGUAAGUAACGAUUAACCAUUGCCAAUAACGAAAAAACAAUUUUCAGCGGAGCUCGGUUGAUAGAGUUGCUUUUUCAAUUACAUAUGUAUCAUAUUAUAGUAAGAUAAUUAUUUAUGCAUAAUAUAUUUGCUUUAAUAAUAUUUGUUUAAUAUUGCACCUAUUAUCUUGUGUAUCCUACGUUUUCUCCGGUUUUUCCCAUUCAUCGGGAAAAAUCCUGGGACAAUCAAAAAAAUGACCUCCUUAAAGUAUAUCUCCAGUCAGAUUUCCUUUUAGAAAAAGUGCUAUCAUUGUAAAUCGGAGAAAAAUUUCCGGUAGAAAAGUUAUUCACAGAAAAAAAAAGACCACAAUAUAUUUUUACUAUUUCGUACACUUUUUCCUGCCGUUCUUCCGUUUUUUCCCUAAAGUACUCAUAGAAAAGUUAAAAAAAAUAAACACCAUUGUAAAACCAAUGUAUUACUCGCUGAGUGGUCAGAAUUUAAAAUAAAAAUCGACAUGGUAAAAGUUUUAAUAACUAUAGUUAUUAAAUUAUUCAUUAUUCAUACAAGUAUACCUAUACUCUUUAUUAUAGGAGUUCACGUGAAAAUUUAAUUACAAUUACGAAUUUAACGAUUUAAAUAUCCAUAUUUGCUCUUUGUUCAAAUAUUAUAUAUAUAUAUAGAUCGCUAAAAAAUUUAUAUAGUUAUCGGUCUUGUAAAGUAUUGAGUGAACGUAUUUAAGCAAUUCUAUUUAAAGAAUGUAUAGUAUUUAUAGUACUUUUUAAAACCUUUUUAAUUAAGUAUUUGCAAGUAUCCUAAAUACUGUUUUAGACGUAUUUUAAUUUCAAUUACUUCCAUGUAAAUACUUUUCUUAAUUCAAAAAUUAAAAAUUCCGGGUUGUAAUUUAAUAUUUAAAGUAAUAAAAUAAAAUAGAUUAUACAUUAUAAUUUAUAUUCCGUGAUUUGGAUAUUGUGAUGCCAUCCUCAUUAUAAACUGAGGUGAACGGAGUUAGAUAAACGUGAAUUGACAGUGUAGUAACAAAUAAGAUAGAAAUUAAUUUACCAGAAAGCUUACAACGAACAUUUUUUUUUUAACACUUUGAGAAAACCAUGCUGGUUAAGCGCAAUACAACAUUUUGAGAACGAUUAUGGCGUUAUAAAUUUAUAAUUCCUAUUUCAUUAAUUUUUUUUUUAUUUAUUAAAAGUAUUAAAUUAUUUCAAAAUUAAUAAACAGCAUAUUUUAUUCAUUUUCAUUUUUCAAUAUAAAAUGAAGUACAAUAUAGUAGGUACUUACUUAAAUUGUUGAAUAUUGAAUUUUACAUUAGACAUUUAAAAAUUAAUUUUGCAAACCUACUUUAAUUAGUUAUUAAGACAAAUAAAAAAGUAAUUUAACUUUCAAUACAUGCUGAGUAUUUAUAUUUGUUCUUAAAUACUUUUUCUUAGAAAUGUUUCGUUUUUAUUUGAAAUAAUUUAUGAAUGGAAGUAUUUAUAUCUGUAUUUAAAUACAAUUUGAAAAGUAUUUUUUACAAGACUGAUAGUUAUGCAUUUUAUAGUUUGUUUAUUAACGUAUAACUAUCAUAUUCAAAUGUGUGCAUAAAGCAUAUGCGAUUUUGGCCCUCUAAACGAACCUCUUCCACUGUUAAAUAAUCAUAUUUUUAAGAGAUCAAAUUCUACUCUCGUAUAAUAAUAAUAAGUGACAUAACGUUAAACACGUCGAAUAUUUUGUAGUAUGAUUUCAAAUGCCAUUACUGCUUCUAGAGGCGGAGAUAUUAUGUAUUAAAAUCAUAUCCACAAAAUUUGUUCGACCAUUCGCGUUUUUUAUAACGUACCUAUCUAUGAACACAGAAUGUUGAUUUUUUUUUAUCAUGAACUACAUGGGAUCUAUGAAGAUUUUGAGAAAACUUUGUCAUUAUCAAAUCGUUUAACAUUAUUAAAUAUCAUUAAAUUGUUUUUCAUGAUAUUUUCACCAUACUCCGUAUACAUACACACACACAACAACACAAUAUACUUAAAUAGAUAUUAUUUAUAUCAUAUUUAUACACAUAAUGUUAGCUCCCUUUUAAUAAAAGAAUAUUACUAAAAUAAAUCGGAUAUUGACCCGUUUGAAAUUUAGACCGUAUAAUCAUAGGGAAGGGCAUAUCCAAGUUUAUAAAGAUAACCUAACUUCAGAAUAUUGUGUUUGCAGGUUCUUCGAUUGUCAACGUCAGUGUUGUGCUGUUUACGUUGUCGUCUCCCGACGAAUCAAGUUUGGUGAGUAAAUCUCCAUUAAAUCUCCAGUAAUUAAAUUUAUUAAAAUAUUCAUGACACCUGAACAUUGGACGAAAAAAAUAUUUAAAAAAAAAAAUAGUAAGUCUAUAAGUAGUAAAUUAACAAAAACCGUUUUCAUGUGGAGUUCGAAUUAGAUACGCCAUAAAUCUGCGUGUUAAAUGCAAACAUUUGAAAAUAGUAGGAACUUGUAUAGUUGUAUAUAAAUAUUUUAAUACCAUUUAAAUAUGACUUAACGUCGUAGUAAUGAACUAUAUUAUAAAGCAUAAUGAUUUUUCAAUAUACUGUGAUUAAAUCAUACGGUAACAACAGUUCUUGUUCUCGUUAUAUAAAGAACUAUUAGCGUAUAAAAACUAAUCAUGCAACAGUAUACCGACACGUUUAGACACAGAUGAUUUGAAAAAUACAUAAUAGAUUUAAAGAAAGAUGUUAGGGAAUAUGUUUAGAUCAUUUUGGGACAUGAAAUAGUGAAAAUAUAUAGGCGAGUCACUGAAAUCGGGGACAAGGUAGACCGAAAAUAACGUAACUAAAUGGGGGCUUGUGGGAGAGAUAUAAUACAAAAAAAUUUGAGGUACAGCAUGAAAGUAGGUGAAAUAAAUUAGCAAAAAGCAAAUAAAACAACCACAUGCACAUGGGCGGUGGAGUACUAACUAUUUAUUAAUUAUUCACUUGACGAGAUAUAAACAUUUUCGAAAAGUAAAAUUGCGUUAAAUUGCGUAAAAUUUGUCGUUCGUUACAGAAACAAUCACGACGGUCUCGGUUGUAUAUUAUACCGUGUUAAUUUUAAUUAUCAGUCUGUUUGGUGGCUGUAGUUAUAUAAUUUCCCUGGUCUAAAUCUAUAAAUAACUCACUAAAAUACCUUUGACAAAAUAAGUAUUUAAUAAUCGAAAUUUCAACAAAUCAGCUUCUAUAUGAUUAUAUAUUUAAAUUAGCUUGGAAAAUCAAAAAGUGACCUCCUUAAAUUACCAACUAGAUAAAAUUCCCAUUUAAAAAAUGCGCUAUACACUUGAAAAUCAAAGUAAAAUUUUAGCUAGAAAUUGUGUAUACAGUAUAAAAAGAAUAAAUAUCAUAGUAAAAUCAAUGUAUUCCUCGUUUCACACAGAAUGUAAAAGAGAUUGUUGUUUUCUUCAAUGUAUUAUUAUUUAUUACUGAUAUGAAUUGAAAUAAUGAUGUUUUGUCGCCUGAAAUUAAUUUUUUUCGUAAGUAAUGAAUUUUCGUAAGUUCGUUUAGGUUAGGUUAGUAUCUAUUCUAAAUAUGAAAAUAAAAACCGGGAAUAUUGUUUAGAAAAAAAAAAACCUAUAAGCCGUAGUAAAAGAAGAAAAAGAAAAAAGAACCUAAAAAAAGAAAAGAAAAUUUUCAAAACGGCUUUAGUUCAUGUUUUUAUGACAUAUUUACUUGAACUUUGUACUAUACAAGUCGACGCACGUCUUAUGCGACCAACUAAAAUAAAAAAUGCAUUUUCGAUAUAUUAUAAUGCACAGCCCUAAUAAUAACCGACCAAACCACAUCUUACAGAUAUUAUUAUACAAUAUUAUACGUAGGCCACUGACUACUCGACACUUUUAAAAAAAAAAAAAUCAAUUAUUGUAAGACACGUUCAUAAUCAUAAUUAACCGCGAAGAGCCUUUCAUAAGCUUUUACGAAAACGAACAAUAAUAGUUAUUAUACGGCCUUUCUCUAUUAUGUAGUCAUUUGUGUGUAGUUGGUGUUCGGCCGAAAAAGUACCUCGUUUCCUAAUAACCUAACCUAACCACCAACUAUUAUUAUGACAAAAACCGAACACAUUUUUGUUCGCCGAAACCGUCCGAACUCGAGCCAAAUGAUAUUAUUAUACAAGUACAACACGCGAAUGCCGUGUAAUAACCGUGCGUACGUAGUCUGUUUUAAUUUUCAUUGUCGUUUUAGAGGUUUACAUAAAAAAAAAAAAAAAAACAGAACAAAACAAAAAAAAAUUCGAUAUUUUUGCGUAUAGCAGUAGUACAGUCGUAAUAUACGACGACAAGGGCUCUCGUAAUCGAGUACCUCACGCUGACAACGGUUUAGAUUCGUAGGUUUGGUACCUAUAAUACCUAUAUACCGUAUCGGGCUAUGUGCCAAAUAUAAUAUUAUACGUUAUGAACUCUCUCGUUGUUCGGCAUUUUAGCACUCCGCGGGGAGGCACGUAUUAAAAUUUGCAUAACGGUCUUGUUGGCGCCAAUGUUUUAUAAUUUAUAAUAUCAUAGGCAUACCUGCGCGUGCGCGUCUACGGUGGUAUACAUUGAAGUCGUGAUAUUUUCCGUUAUUUGAAAAAAAAAAACAUAAUAUUACAUAAACCGACCCGUCAAAAUGAACCCUCGACGCGUGCCGUAUUUUUUUUUUCGUUUUUGUACCGCCAGACAAAAAAUAAAAAACAAUUUUAAAAUAAAAAAAAACAUAUUUCAUAUGCCUUUCUAUAUAUUAUUAAAAACUGAAGUUAUCUAUUGUCAGAUAUGAUUGGUUUUAUUAGCUCAUAUCGGACAUUUUCUGACGGAGAGUAUUAUCGCGAAUGCAAUUUUUUACAUUAUAUAAUAAUGUAAAAGGCAACGUACAGAUAUGUAUGGGGUUUUGGUUUAUAGACUCAAAGACUUUAAUCGACUCAGAUCCCUGAAAAUUACACGGUUUAUUAUUAUUGGUUCCUUUUGGUUCCUUCAGGAAUGUUUAAAAAGCGGUUUGAAUGAACAAUUCAACCACAAAAGGUGAGGCUCACACAGGAAAUUCGUCCUUAAAACACGACAAUUUCAAUUAUUUGGUUUAUUUUUUAUCUACGUCAUUUUAUAGAAAUACGAAGUGGAAUUUUUACUCGAACAAGAAUGGUGUGAUUCCCGACUGCGGUUCACCAAUCAGACGUCAUAUACAAUGCUCAACGGAAUCCACCACCAGGGCGAAAUUUGGCUACCAGACACAAACUUCCAUAUGCACGGCGAUUUCAAGCCGUCCCAGACCCCCGUUCGGUUCACGUUGAACGUGCACAGAGACGGUAGAGUCGAGUACACGACCAGGUAACAGCCUAAUAAUAACUAUGACAAACAAAACUAUACGUACGAAAGGAAAAAAAAAUUGGAUAUUACUUAUUGGUAGACCACUAUCCAUUGAUGUAGAUGGGGAAUUGGGAAGGUAGGAUUAUACAGGGUAAUUCGAUUUAUAUAUACUUUAUUCAACAAUAAAUCAUUGCAAACAAAAAACGAUGUUUUCCCAGGUUUUAAUUAUCUAGAAAAGUAAAUUUUCCUCUCCCCCCCAAAUGUACCAAAUAAAUAAUAUUCGCUAGUGGUCACAAUAUUCUUAACAGACAGACAUUUUUUUAAAUAAAAGCACACAUCAGAAUCUAAAAUCAUUAAAUUGUAUUUUAAUAAAUACGUAAUAAUGAACCUGCAAGGCUGGGCUCUAACUAAUUUAUUUAGAAAGUUAGAAUUAAUGUUUUACAAACUUGGUUACAUUUGUCCAUACAAAUGGACAUAAGUUACUAUAAAUUAUUGAAGCUAUAUUAAAAAAAUCAAAACGACUUACAAAACGUUACAUAAAAAAAUAUUAAUAAUAAUAUUAAAUUAUCUAUAUUAUUUAGAGUACGUCAUAGUUGUAGACAAAAUCAGGAUGGUCGAACUGCAUUUAAGUAAAAGAAUGUUUGAAGGUAUUGUUAGGUUUUACGUGGGUGAAUUUUUGGGCCAUCCGUUGGGCUGAUUGGUUAAAUAUACACUAUCAAUAUUAUGGGUAUUUCACUGUUCUCGAAAUAUUUCGUAAUUUAGAUUUAAUAAACGACUGUAAAAACCCAAUUUUUAAUAAAACUAUCAAAGUAUAACCUACAGCCUUAAAAUUUCGUAUUGGGAUGGAGAAGGAGGUUAUUUCGAAUCAGCCGAUAGUAAAAUCAACAUAUCCGCCACUGAAAAUUUAGUUUAAUAGCGCCAUGAAUCUAAAAGCAACAACAAUAAUAUAUGUUAAUAAUGAUAAUAAUACGGUGUGUUUUUCGCCUCUAGGCGUCAUCUGGUGUUGAGUUGCGAAGGAUCGAUGAACAUAUUUCCGUUCGAUCAUCCGCUGUGUACGUUCUCAAUGGAAAGCAGUAAGUAUCACAACGGAUUUAGAUCGAUUAUUGCCCUUGUAUUUUGUCGAAGCGAUCACGUUAAUUGAGAUAUAUUAUUGUGACUAGUACUACUCGUAGAUAUUAUAGUAAACUAGAACGUUUUUAAGUGAGUAAGAAACUUUUCAUACGAAAUCCGUUUCUCGUACACCGAAAAUACACCAUAAAUAAUAGAUUUUCGUUAGCCAUAUACCUAUACACAAAAGAAUCGAACAUAUCACUAUUACGCUAUUUUGUCUUAAAUAAUUGUAUCGAAUGCUGACUUGUUAUAGUGCUCAUUUAUAUGUUUUUAAGUUUGAAAAAAAAAAAAAAAAUGUUCAGUUUAAAAAAUUGUUGGUAAGUAGUGGUUAUUUAUUUGGACAACCUAAUUCUUAUGUUUUCUAUAACGCUGUAGUAUCACACGAAAAGUCUGACUUGAAGUAUACAUGGAAGGAUGACAGUAACAUGUUGUUAAAAUCGCCUUAUUUGAAAACUACCAACGCGUACUUGGAACGAAAUCGGACUUACGAAUGCGCAUCCACUGGAAGUUGGAGAGGUGUCAAAAUGUUCUAACCAUGUGUUUGUUCGUGAUUAAUAUUUAUUUUUUUAUUCCAGGCAAUUAUAGUUGUCUACAAGUGGAAAUGAUAUUCAGUCGGAACCGAACGUUUUAUUUCGCCACGAUUUUCAUACCCGGUAUGAUACUCGUGACGUCGUCGUUCAUAACAUUUUUUCUAGAAUGGAACGCGGUACCGGCGAGGACCAUUAUAGGUUAGUUACUAUUGAAUUUGUUUUGUUAAUGUAGCAUUAUCAUUUAUGUGUAGGGUGAUUAUUUUUCGACAAAAAGCGAAUAAUAAUUAGUUUUGAUGAUCAAUAUUGUGUCUAUGAAAGAAUAAAAUUUUAAUUCGAAAAUUAUCGGGGAUUUAUGGUUGAAUAUUAUGCAAAUGAAAUACCUGAAUCAACAUUUUUUUUUAAACAUUCAUAAAAAAUAAGUACUGAUUUGCAAAUUCUAAAAAUCAAUUCUAAAAAACGUCCUGGGAUAAUGAGGACGGGUGCAGCCACUGUUAUAGAUAAUUUAAUGUAUACCUAUAAGUAACGAUAAAACAUUGCUUAUGAAAAAACGAUUCUGUGCGGAGUUCAGUUGAUAAUGAUGUAAUUGUGAACAAUAUAUAUAUAUGUCAUUUUAUAGUAAAAAAAAAAACUAAAUAGGCUUUAUAUAUUUAAUUUAAUAAUAUUUGUUUUAUGUUGUACCAAUUUUCCCAGUUUUCUUACGUUUUUCCCGGUUUUCCCGUGUUUUAUCCCGGUUAUUCACAUUUCCCGAGAAAACUUUUGAGAAAAUAAUAAAAUGACCUCUCUAAAGUACCUCCCAAGUGAAAUUUAAUUUUAGAAACAUUGCUAUCAUUAUAAGUUGGAGCAAAAUUGCUGGUAGAAAAGUUGUACACAGAAAAAAAGAAGGCCGUAUUAUAUUUCAACUAAUACUUUUUCUAAUACAUUUCUUAUAUUUUCCCUAUUUUUUCUUCUGUUUAUCAAAUUUGAUGAGAAAACUACUAAGAAAAUCGAAAAAUGACUUCUUACCUCUUUAAAAUACCUCCACACAGAGAUUCACUCAGAAUCUAAAAUUAAUUGCAAUUAAUUUGCAAAAUAUUGACAUACUUGUCGUAUACAAACUUCACGAACACGUAUUUUAAUUUGAUAUCCGUUACUUUUUUUUUUUAUCAAUUAUUUCGGAAUCGUAUAAGCCAUGUUAAUCGCCUGGGAGGGGGGAGUUAAAACAGAAUAUAGUUUAAUGAAAUACGGAAUAAGGAUAAAUUUUGUAAAUAUUAUGAAUACUAUUAGUCUUAUGAAACAUUGUGGUUACACGAUGAAACAAACUGUAUAACAAACUACCGCAUAACGACUGAAAAACUACCAACACCAAUUUUCAUAGUUAACCACUAUAACGGUAGCGGCGUAAAGUACUUUUUUUUUUUUUUUUUUUUUUUAUGAAGCAGUUUCACUUCAAUUGAAAAAAAAUUUUUGUAACCUAAAUCCAGAAGUAUGAAAAGCUGUUUAACAACAAGGCGUUCCAAUACUUCACCUUUUUUUUCUUUUUUCUUUACUAUAUCAUAUGGUAAAGUUUCACAUAUACACCCGUCACUCAUCUAAUUUGGUCACCGAACAGCUGUUUCAUAUGAUAUCCCCAUUCACGUCGUUACUUAUUGCUACAUCAUGAUUAAAAAAAAAAAAAAAUUGCCUGUAUAAUUAUAAUAUUAUUAGCCUGUAUAGUUCCAAAUUUGUAUAUAAUAUACAAUAUAUUAUACAUAAUUAUUAAUAAAUUUAAAAUUCGUGCGCGUUUAUUUACAGGGGUUACGACGAUGUUGAACUACUUCUCGACGUCCAACAGCUUCCGACGGACACUGCCCGACGUGGCUAAUUUGACAGCGAUGAACGUUUGGGACGGAGUGUGCAUGUUCUUCGUGUUCGCCAGUUUUAUAGAGUUCGUUUUAGUGAACUUGACGGGCCGGAAAAAAAACAAAUCCUGCGGUGACUCCGUGGAAAACGGCGGAAUUCCAAAGGUAAGAUCGUUAAAUAUUGUAUAUCAUAAUCUUGAGUUUCCAAAAGGGUAUGAAACUCGAUUAUAACGCAUACGUAUACGAAAAAUGCGUACAUUUCAUUAUUUAUAAGUAUAUUGUGCUUAAAUAAUAUUAUUUCGUACCGUAUUUAAUAUACAUCGAAUUUCGUAAGAUAUUUCAUUGUUAACAGAAUAUAAAAUGAUAUUGCAGUACUUGUUAUACCAAACGGAUUUUUGUAUUAUACGGUAACGCGUGCGUAGGUACGAAAAAAAAAAACAAACACGGAAUAGUCGGACGUCGAAUUUUAUUAAACUCGACUUUUCCACAUAUAUUCUUUAUUAUUAUUCGCGCGAAGUUGGCACGUAAGCGAGUUUGCGGUCAAAUUAUAUAUUAUAUACAUUUUUUUUUGUUUCGUUUAAGGGCAACGUAGUACCUAAUUUUCCGUAAAAAAAAAAAAAAAAAUGUCACGACUAAUAAUAAACUUUAAAAACUUUCAUUCUCUCACGGGAAUAACGCAUUGUACGAUUUUUGCGUUGGUACAUUUUUUAUUCCAUUAAAAAUUACUUACAUCGAGUAAGUAAUCGAAUACUAUUAUCUCGUACCUGAUAAUAUAUAUAUUUACCAUACACCUACCAACACAACUUGAACGUAAUUAAUAUUUUACUUGCUCAGUAGUUGGACACUAAUUUACCAUUUCUAAGACCACAUAUACAAACACGACUGAGAAAAUAAUUUGAAAGCUUUGAAAACUUUGAUUGACCAAUAGAAGUCAUUUGUGGGAAAAUUGUGGGAAUGAACUGGCAAAUUAAAACUGUCAAUAUUCAUUUCUUUUUUCAAUCGCGUUUUAUGAGAGUGGGACACAUAUGUAGAGAAAAAUAAAAAUUGUAUUUUCAUUCCUUAAUCACUGAAGACAAAUUAAUUAAAAUUUUUUCAUUUUUUAAAAUGUUCAAAAUGCCAUUUUGUAAAAUAUCUAUAUUUUAGGUAUUGUAAAAAUUUGAAUGCAUCAUACAUUCAUAUCCGAUUAAUAGUUUUUUAGUUUAGCGGCUUUAAUGUAUAUAAAUCAGGUGUGAAAACAAUUAAUUUUCAAUAGAAUAACACGUUACGUGUUAAGAAAUGACCGUACUGAUUGUUAUGGAAUAUCAAUUGUUAUCACGCCUAAUUUUUAUACAUUAAAGCUAUUAUUUGCACACUUGAUUGUAUUUAUUUUUGUUUUUUUUUUUUUUAUUGUAUUUGUAAUAUUAAACAAAAAAUAAGAAGAACGGUGUACGGUUCAAAUCCUCCUCGUUUUGAUAGUGCAAUUUUGACCUUUUAACGUUUUAAACGUGCGGCUGAAUCAUUUUAAAUCAAAGAAAAACAAACUAGUCGAUACAUCAAUACAAAAAAACAACAACGAUCGUAAUUUACGAUCGUUCGCACGUCACACUUGACACUACCAAAAAAAAAACCCUUGCGAGUUUCGACGAUGAAUCACGUAGUUAACCGAGUUGACAUCAUAAAGUCGGGACAAAGAAGGUUUUUUAUUUUUAUCGAUGUAAGAACUUUGUACAGUCGUAUAAAUCGAUCGAUCUCUAGACUAAUUAUUACGAUUUCAGAUUUUAGUUAAAACUUUUUAAAUAAUUAAUUGCAAGUUACCAAGUAUUAUGGGAAGACUUUGGAUUAUGUAAAGACUAAGUGUUUAGAUCAUGUUCCAUUUCCAUAUAUAUGGAAACACUGUUUACGAAUCGAGUUUUUAUGUCUUACUAUUAUACAUAAAGAUAUACGAGUAAAUGGGAAACAUUCAUAUGUUAACAAAAAUAUCCAAAACUCUCUAACCGAUUUUGGCGAAUCUUUUUCUGUUGUUUAUCGUUACUUCAAGGUUAAAGUCUAUUAUUUAUUUAUUUUUUAUCAGAAUCGAUUAAGUAGUUGUAAAGAAAUUUUCUAAUAAGACAACAACGAUAACGAUAUACGAAAAGUUUGUAAGUGAACGUGAAAUUUUUAAUGGUCAGUAGAUGGCUUGGUUAAAAGCGGGAGGAUAGAGGGCGUGAUGAGACGAGUAAAGGGUUAAAUCCACGGCCAAUCAAUUAUACAUAUUUAUCUAAAUAACUAAUACCGUUUGAUAUAGUGCUUUUAGUUUCUAUAAUACAGUAUGUCUGUAAUUUUAUGAAAAAUAAAAAUUAUAAACUUAAUUUACGUUAAUAAUAUCGUAUCACGUUUGUCGGCGGUUCGAUUAACACCGCGGAACUAAAUCGAUUAAAACGACUUUUUAUUUCACCGAGACGGUUUUUGAUAUUUGUUUUUUUUGUCAACAUAAUUCCGGACUACACCACGGGUUUCGUUAUUAUGUUAAGAUUAUAAUAUUAACACCUACUAUAAAUCCGUUUCUAUUAUAGUAGCAUAUUUAUACGGGUGUGGCGAUCCGAUUUCAAAAAUGAAAAUGACUCGCGACCUGCUAUUUUCAAUACCUAAUUAAAACUUGGUUAGGUUGUAUUAGCGGUCGUAUUAUUAUAUUAUUAUUAUUGGUAUAUUUUUUUUUACUGCAACCGACCUCCUGCAGUGCACAAUUCUAACAUGAACUACAAUAUACCUAGGCAUUAUAAACGGUUGGGUUCUUAAAUAAUAUCACGGUACCUAUUAAUAUUAUGCAGAUACAGUAAUAUAAUUACGUUUUCGUGGCCGCAUUACGAGGUCAAACCAGACGUUAAGUUCAAAUAAUCGACAAAUUUUGAUUUUAAGAAGACGACCGUGUCAUAUUUGUUUUAGAUUAAAUAAAUGUCGGUAUUGACAUUUUUACUUUACAUCAACCCGUCAACGAAACAUCCCACUUUUAAUUAUUCCGUUUUGAGAGUAGGGAAUAACAGUGGAUCACUAUACAAACGCCGUGAACCACACAACCACACAAAAGAUGUUCCUACACUAUUCGUACCCAAAUUUAAAAGUGAAGUAUCUCGUUAACAAGUUAAAAAAAACUAAAAGUUUCAACAUCAACAUUUAUUUAAACUAAAACUUCACAUUUUGUAAUUAUGAAAUUUUUUAACAUAUACUACAAUAUAUAAAAUAACAGUGAUACAAUAUUUUAAAGCCAAAAGUAAAUGUUUUAAAAAACAAAUUUCAAAAAAAAAAAAUUAACUCUCCAAAAUUAUCUCUCUAGUAUCUUACGUUGUAUAGAUUUAUACUGUAUACCAUAGGUUUUAUCACAAAAACUAAACAUCAACUCAAGUUGCCUUUCUUGUGUUUAACGUGCAAACUAGAACGACUGUAACAACGGACUAACAUGGACAUUGUUUAGCUGGUCUAUAUUGAACAAGAGAAACUGAUAUUUUUUACGGAGUUUGAUAAUUUUUGCACCUAUGCAGUGUACUAUUAUACAAUCAAAUAUAGUAAUAUUUAUUAAAUUUUGCAUAUUAAUACUUUUACGACAGACGGGACGUACAUAAUAUUAUACGUAAAUCGUUCGUUAUUGAUGUUAUUGGAAUUUUCAACGUUAUGCCUGCGAAAGUUUUAACGCGGAAAGUCGUCAAAUGCAAUCGUUAAAUAAUAAUAUUUGUGGGUGUAUAUACAGAUAUAAUACGUCGAUCUAUCAUUUUGAAUGCUAUUCGUGUCGGUCGGUUGAUGGGUCGUAAUAAUACGGUGAUAAUAAUAUUAUUAACAUUUCCAGACGGUUUUAAUGGACAUAAUAAUAAUAAUAAUACGGUCGUCAUCGGUGAACCGUAAUAUAAAAAACGACGAAAACACCAACAAAUAAUAUUUCGCAAUAAAAAAAAAAAAUCCAGCUGAGAUAAGUCAAUUUUAGUAAAAUUUUCUUCCACCUAAUGCGUACAAUAAAAAUAGUCUUUGCAAAACAAUAAACAACUGAAUACUACACUGUAUUAUAAUAUUCUAAUAAUUAUAUUUUUCUUAAAAAGAAAUGGUGAAAUUUGAUCGUACAAAUAAUUGUAAGGGUGAAAGUUAAAAGUUUAAAACCUCCAGAAGUACAUAUUUAAUUCAAACACCAUGCAUACACAAAUUUUCAUUCUUCCUGUCUUCAUUUGAGAUGUCUGUAGGUGAGUACAUUACUAAAGUCACCCUUCUCCCGCAACAACAUUGUUAAAUUCAUAUUGAAAUUCAACCAACACUCGUUAUUUCGAAUAAGACUGACACAAGUUAAAAAUUUGCGUUGAACACGGAACAUUAUUAUUAGAGCUCGGAAGUCAUAGGAGUUGCAUAUUAUUCCGUGUGCUCUCGAUUUAUAACAGAUCGAGCUAGAAAUCAGCUCUAUACAAGUUUAAAAAUCGAACAUUAAAAAAACAUAAAUUGCAUAUUUUAUAAACUUUAAUGACAAAGCGCAUAUUUCAAUGAUUUUUAUUGAUUUUCAUACGUAUGUUAUGCAUACCUAUUUAAUAUUUUCUUAAAAAAUUUUUUCAUUUUUAACCUGUGUAUUUUAAAUAAUAUUGAACAUAAAAUUAAAUACUAUUAUUACUAUAAUGUAUUUAUUUCCAUCGUGCAUAGGUAUAAAAUCUUUUUUGCGGUCGACGAUAUUUUAUUGUAUCUGUUGUAUUACUUUAUACAUAAUAAACAUACACUUGGUUCUAUUAAAAAUUAUAAAAGUAUUAAAGUGUAUUAUUUGUUUUGCACAUUUAACAUUUUUUGUGUGCAUAUUUGCAUGCAUAUAUUGUAAAAUUUACUUCCUAUAACUUCUAAACCAUAAUCAUUAUACAACGGACACAAUACACAAUAUACAGUGUAUGUUUGAUUUGGGUUAAUGCGAUAUUUUUUUUUCAGUGGUACUCACCAACCAAAAUAUAUGACCGCAAAACAAACAUGAUUACAUUUGUGACAUGGAAUAGAAUUUUUUACAGCAGUUAAAUAACGAAGUUUCCUAUAAAUUGUAAAGUAACUAUAAGCAAGAGACGAGGAUGAGUGAAUUAAAUAGUUCUGGUGAAACUAAGCUCAGAAAUGCUCUAGGCUUAUCUGCAGAUUUAGCAUCAUUAUUUGAAUGUUUAUUUUGACUAUGUUUUACCACCAAUAUUGCAAUGCCAAAGUGGACAUUUAUAUAAUCUAUAUAGUAUCAUAUAGUAAAUGCCAACCACAACUCAACUAUUGUUCAAUAUGUUUAUUAGGAAAUAUACAAAAUUUAGCGGUGGAAGAACUAACUUUAACAAUCAAGUUUCGAUCUAAAUAUUCAUUUAUAUCUCAUUAUUAUAUUCUGAAAAAUUUGAACAUGAAUGGAGUGAAUGCCGUCUGUACACUUGCAUUUGUCCCAGAUCUUCUUGUGAAUAAUAAGGAGGAUUGAAACAAGUCAUUAUCUCUUGAUGGUAGCACAUAUAUCUACCAGUAUAUCAAAUUUACUGGGAAAAUAUAUUGGUAGUUUUUUUUAGCAAUAGACAUACAUGUUCCUAGUAUUGUGGGCUUGCUCAAACAUAAAAAUAGGGAAGAAAAUACAAAGGUCACCAACAGUUUUUUGUUAUUGUUCCAUUUCUUAUAUAGACUUGAACUUAAUGAAGGACGUUUAACGUAGGAGGUAACACCAAGAAGUAUUCAUAAAGGAAUUUCAACUGCAAUAUUGAAUUCAAAUUCUUUAGUAUUUGAUAUUAGUAUUGUACAACUUUUAUCACAUAACUGCAGUUGAUGGAUUACUGUUGAAACAUCAACAAAUGUGUGAAGAGUUAUAUCCACAUACAAAACAUUAAAACUUGCAAUGAAAUUAAUUAACUUAUAUUAUUCACACAAUUCAUAUGACUAAUAUAUCUAACACACUAAUAUGUUACGCGAAUUUAAAUUAAUUAUCAACAAAAUCGAUUGUGUAUUUUAAGUAAGUAGCAACCAUGGAGAUCAGACGUUAGAUCAUAUCUAUGUUAGUAGAUUAUCAGCUUUCUUUGAUUCCUAAUUUAAUUUUUUAUUUUACAACUUUAAUAUUUCUCAAACUAAUACAUCGAUUUAAAAAUUUAAAUAUCAAAAAACAGAUAUAUUUUCUUAUUUUAAGUUCGAUAACUCAUACAAAUCGUUCUCAAAACCCAAGCCAAAACCGAACAAUUUCAAUAGGUGUACUACUUAAUAUAUAAUAUAUUCAUAAAAAUAUAUUAAUAUAAUAUCUGAAUAAAAAGUUCGUUAGGUAAUAAAAAUCGUAGUUUAAUCACGUUUAGUCUCUGAUAGUGUAGUGAAAAAACUAUGAGUUUUACUAAGAUUUGUUUUUUUUUUUGUGCUCCGAUAUUUUCACGUAGUAGGUACCUUAAAAGAUAUGGACUGUUUGCCAAGUGGUAUAUUAAUUUCAUAUUUCCAUUUCAACCAAAUUAUGCUUUGUUUUGUUUUUUUAAAUACGAAGUGAAAUGUUCCAAUUUUUUACUCGGUGCCCUAGAAGGAUUCAGAUCCUAUAUAUCCUGUACCUUUCAAAUUUCCCACCUUCUACAGUGCCCAGUGAACUACCCGUGUGUAGCGAAGUACGUCCGGUUAUUGUAUUUAUACAGGAGAAAAUAUGAAGGUAUUCUCGCCGUUAUUUGUUUUUGUCCAUAAUUAUUGUAGUCUAUUACAUAUGUGUGUAUAUAUAAGUGAUGAUUAAUUAAUUAAAAUGGUUUGCUUGUUAUUUUCAAACAAUUCGUCAUUUCGCUUUAGUUUAACAUGUUCUCGAAUGUUUUCAAAAGAAUUACUAAGGUUCUUUUUUAUUUAACACCGUUAGUUUUUUCACCGUUCUUUAAUAUCUGUGUGGACAGAAAUGUUUGUUUUUAAUAUUUAUCUUUAAUAUUUUUUUACUCUAGGUAGGUAAGUAGGAAGGAAGGUAUUAUUAAUGUUUUCUCGUAAAUCUUCGUUGGCUUUUACGUUAUUUCGUGUGAUGCAUAGGUACAACGCUGUCAUCAGUCUUGUACGCCGCGUAAGAACUUUUCGUGGUCUUUGUACAGUUGAAAAAUAUAUAUUUAUGACUUGAGUAACGAUAAAUAUCCUAACACCUACCUACUUAAUUUUGUUAAAUUUGAUUUAUAUUAUAUAUUCCUGACUUUUUUGUUUUGGUUUUUUUGUUUACAACACAAAGCACUUGUAAUUUUUAAAACUUAUGCAAGACACCGAUUGUUACAUAUGAAGAAAAUAUAUAUAUAUAUAUAUAUAAUAUAUAUUUCAUUCACGAAAAUACUAAUACUACAAUAAUCUACAAAUUUAUUAGGAUACACAACAUGGAACUUUUAAAGUAAUUCCAAAUAAAAGAUUUUUAAUUGAAGAUUAUUCUUUUUAAAAUAUUUAAAUAGGAAUCUAUAUAAAAAUUUUAAAACGCUUUAGAGGGUAUCAUCUAAAUUCAAAAUGUCAUAAAAAAGUUCGUAUAUGAAGUUUUUUUUAUCAAAACAAGUCCUAAAAAUAAAAACAUAAAAUAAAUUUGAAAAAUCAAAAAGAUGGUUUCUGGUUUAGAAUAUAAGUGCAGAUGCCGUAUGCUGAGCAAUGGUAAAAAACAAACAAAUCGAUGUUUGUUUCCGAUAGAAAGUCCGAUAUAAACUCGUGAAUAGAAAUGGCCGAAUCCUGAUCUCAACUACUGAAGUUUAGGUUUACAUUUAGAACACUAUUUUCCUGCAUACUGCUUGCAGUAUCUUCCCGAGGUUGGAAAUUUAGGUUAGGUCAGGUUAUUCCUUUCUUCUUUUAUAAGGAGAGGAUAAAGAGAGCCAUGCAAUUGGCGAGCGUAACGAGGUAUCUUCGAAUCUGCAUUUUAAAUGUUUCUGAUUGAUAGCUGAAGUUUGAUCCCGAGUCACUCGUUAAACUUUAUACAACUACUCAAUCUAAUCAAACAUAAAAUUAAAUAUUUUAGGUCACACAGCACUGAAACGAAAAUUUUGCUGCAGGUUACACAAUGAAUAAAUUAAUUUAUGAAAAGGAUAUUUAAAAAAAGUAACCUGUUUAAAAUAUUAUACAAAUUCAAAAUUGCAUAAAGUUCCUAUAAAGUUCUUGAUUGGAGCAAGUCUUCAAAUUAAAAAUUGAAGUACAAUCCUUGUUUUUGAUUUUUUUGUUGACUUUCGGGUUAUCUUGAUGGCAACAAAGGAAUAAAAGAAUAAUUAUUACUCCGUUCGGAAUCGUUAUCCAUUUCGAUGAUCUAUCGUUACAUACAGUAUAUAGAUUCAGUUACUUUGUAUAAUGCGCUACCUUUCUAACGUCUUGGCUUAAUAUCCUUGAGCAGUAUCAACCAUUUUUAUAUAUGUAAAACAAAGUUAUUUGUACAAAUACUAUAAAUACAUAAUAUGAUAGUUAUUGACUACUCAAUGGCGCUAUUUACGCAUACAAAUCGGCGUAUACAAAUUUGUUAUACAAAAAUAUUUAAUUAGGUAGGUAUUUAAAAAAAAAAAAAAAAAAAAAAACUGGCCUACUGUCUUCGGUAAUGAUAAAUAAGUACACGUAAUAUUAUGUGAUACUAUAUAAGUUCCGUACUAAAACAUGUGUUGUAUUGUAUGAAACACAAGUAAAAACGUUUCAUAUUUUCGGCGUGUUGAAUUUACGAAGAAUCGGUGUAGACAACAGACAUUAAUAUAAUAUAUUAUUAUUAUUUUGAAGGUUUUUUUUAAUUAUUACGUUGUUGACUUAAAGUAAAGAAAAAAAAAAAAAAAAAUGUGAUCAAUUAUAAUAUUUGUGUAGUAAUAACAGUUCGGUUAAAAAAAAAAAUAUCGAUAUAUGCAUAUAAAAAUACAAAUAAUAUAUGGCAUUGCGGUUAUUAAAAAUAGCGUGUCCGCCGUUAAUCAAUAUUAUUGUAUGCAAAAAAUAAAUGUAGAUACAGUACUAUUGAAGUGGUCACUAUAAAUAAUAUUAUUAUUUUAAGCGUUCCGCCAAAGGGUCGUUCCGGAGUAAAAUUUUUUUUUAGGUUUGACUAACGAAUGUUUUUUUUUCUAAAUUUAAAUCGAAUAUUAUUGUAUAAGUCAAUUUUCAUUUAUAUCUUGUAUAUAAAUCUACAAUUGUAUUCUGACUUUGAUAAAAAUUUUUGUACACUUAACAAAAUGAAAGAACGAUCAUCGUUUGGUUUUAUUUCGAAAUUGUAUCCCAAAAUACUAAACUACAAAAAGGUGAUUAAAAGGUUUUGACACAGGAUAUUCAGUAUUUUUGGAACGAAAAUUGAAUUAUUUGUUGAUUUGUGGGUUACUUCAGUGACAAUAAUAGUCCAUAUAUUUUUUAAUUUGAUUAUCGGAGACAAGAAAACAUAAUUUUUAAAAAAAUAAAUUACCAGACAACAAUUAAUUGCAGUGAUACUUAUAUAAGGGCAAAAUUUGGAAAUUAUUUUAUUGAUUUUUGAUAGAAUUUAGCUCGGAAAAUGAUUGAUAAUACACAAUUUAAAAUUAGAGAUUUCCAUUAUUUCACGAGUUUCGUCAAAAUUUACUUGAGAAAAAAAAAAUAAAAUAAUGAUUAUACUAUAUAGGUUCCCAAAUUCUACAAGAAAGUAACUGUUAAGUUUAUGAUUGGCGUUAGUUUUCACUGGUAGAAAAAUUGUUCACAAACUGGAAUAUAAGAAAAACCACACAUGCACACCAAACAAAUUUAUACUUGGUAUGUAUUCCUAGCACAAAUCAAAAUAUAAAAAGUCAUACAAUGCUAUUAAGAAGAGUUCGUCAUUUCGCCAUAUCUGUUAUAGCUCUCAUGUUUGGCACCUUCAUCUUCAUUUUUACCUUGCGUAUACUUUAAGUUUUUAUAAAAAAAAAAAAAAAUACUGUAAUAUUUCGACAAUAAAUAAUAGAUAUUAUUUGAGCGUUGAGCGUAUACUUUCUGAGGAAAUAUUUUAGAAACAAAAAUUAUUCAGCGGUCUUGGCAAAUCUCUCGUCGUUGUCACUGCAGUUUAACGGGCAAACCCUCCUAAAACAUCGAGACUUAUAUAACUGUUUAUAGAGUAUAGUAGUGUUACCCAACGACGAAAAGAUAAGAAAUCCGACUCGUGCACUAGAAAUCCGUGGAUUUAUAUAAUAUUCAAAUAUAUCUGAAAUCAUUGGCAUGUCCCAACGAAAUAACAAAAAAAUUAUACAGAUACCAAUGAUAUUUUAUAUUCCAAAGCCACAGAUUCUUAUCAACUGCAGACGAUACUUCUACACGACUGCGUUCCUACAAACGUUGUCGAAAUAUAUCGUAGGUAUAUUAUGCAGGAGCUCAGUCCGGGAAAACGAAAGUUACGUGACCUGCUAUUGCGCGUUUUUUUAUUUAAUUUCGUUCCCUAAUGACAUGCCAUUUCUAUUUUUUUUUAUAUUUUUUUAAAUGUUAAUCACGCGGGCAUUUAAAAUAAACAAUAUUCUGUAAAACCGAGAGGAGGUGAAAAAUUACCAUUUUAUUUUCCGUGAAACUUUGGGUAAUAAAUUUUAGCUAUAUGAUGAUAAUUACUCGUAGUUUUACUAUGAUGGUGUGUGUAAUUUUUUUGAUUUUUGAAAUAGUAAAUAACAUUUUUACAAGAGAUCUUGCUCCAAUUAAAAUAUUAUUAGACAACUCAUUUGUAGAAUUUGUGUCUAGUUGGCGCAAUGGGAAAGUUAUCUUUUUAGGAAGUUUCAUAUUAAUUGGGAAAAUCCAUAAAAACCGUAAAGAAAAAAUUGAUAAUUUACGCAAAUUUAAAUAAAAAUUGUAAUUAAAAUUUUAUUAUUUUCGAUUUUUUUUUUUUACUAUAAAUUGUCUUAUUGUUGCUUACAUGCAUUGUGUAUCUUACCUUCUCAAAUUUCCACCUAUAACAGUGGUACUAGCAGUGUCAGCUGCUUUUCUUUGUAUGUUUGUAAACAACUUUUUAACCAGAAUUUUACUGCAGUAGUGCAAUCAUCAACUUCAGAAAUGGUUUUUGGAAGAAAAUUUUUUCUAAUUAGUGCAUUGAAGAAGAUGUUUUUUUUUUGUUUUUCUUGUAAAUUUCUUAAUAAUGGAGGAAAACUAGAAAAACGUCAGAAAACAGGAAUAUUUAUUGCUGUUAUUUUAAAUUGUUUUGUUUUAUUUUGUAAAUGAGUUAGAAAUAAACGUGGAGACCUGAAAUGUUCACUUGAAAUGAAACACUUAUAAUAUCAAUUUAUAAAUGUGAUAAAAUGAUCAAACAAUUUUUCAAAAUUUUUGGACUAUUUUUAGACAUUUGAAAUUUAAAAAUUGUUUUAGUUUUAUUUCCCAACUUUUUUUGGGUUAUUAAUAGCAACUUCAAAUUAUUUUUUAAGAAAAUUGCUUCUUAGAUUUAUUUUUUUUUGGUUUCGUGUGUAUACAAAUUUAUAGUGAUUUAUUUUUGUUAGCGUUUUAAAUUCAAAUUUAGGAAAAAAACAAUCGAAAGUACACACAAACAAUUAUAAUUUGUUUCGCACUUAUAAAUUAUAAUAAAAAAAUGUCUAACCAAACUAUGUACAAAAUUGUAUUUUAUUUGGAAUGAUCUGUCAUUGCGAACAGUUGAUAUUACUUAUUCACACUAGCUUUUUGUCCUGUAAAAUACUUCCCGGCUUUUUAAUUAUACUUUUGAGUAAUUCGAGUUUGAUGGUAAAAUUAUAAUGAUGUGAAAAUAUCCAUUGCGUAUAAUACAUACGCAAUACAGUGCUUUUACAUUAACGCGUGUACGAGAACUUUUUAAGAUUAAUUUUUUUUUUUUCGGAGCAAAAAACGCGUGCUAGUUGAUUUUUUUUCUGCACUCCCAACUGAUAGCGCAAAAAUGAGUUUUUCAAAUCAAAUGAUACGUUCUAAUAAUAAUACUACAGAGUGAUUCUUUUUUCGGUAAAAAUUUCUUUUUGGUAAAAUAUUGACUUUUAUUCCAAAAGAAGAUGACCUUAAAUGUUGAAAUACUAUUAUUUUUUUGUCCCCCUUUUUUUGGGGAAGUGAAACGACUACCAACGUUUAUUUUCAAAUAGUAAUCAAUAUUAUUAAAAUUCCAUGUAUAUAUGGAGUAUUAGUUUAAAUAUAUUUUUGCCUGUAUACUAAUUUAAUGGACCUCGAAGUAUCAUUUUCAAAAUUGGUGGUCCGAACACCUAAAAAAAUUGGGACCGCUGCUAUCGUAUAUACUAGUCUAUACUAUAAUGAACCAGCAAAUUCGCGCACUUGUAUUAUUGUUUUUUGUAAUUUUUUUUUCGUAUUUUCCGUCUCGAUAUAAAAUUAUAGUGGUCAGAGAAAAAUCAAAAUGACUAUAAUUUUACAGCAAAACUACAAACAAUACCGCCACUUGUUCCGUUCUGUAAGUGUAAUGUGUAAAUUAAUAUUAUAUCGCACGAGAUUGCAAUUGCAUUUUGGACCGUAGGUAUUCGAUUGUUCGACAAAAUGUAAAUUAGGUGUACAGAAAAUAAAGACGAAAAAACUUCUAAAAAUGGAAAAACCCCCAAAAAACUAACCCGAAACGCAUCUAAGAUUCCAACAAAAAAAAAAAUCAAAAAAAAUAAUAUUAAUAAUAAUAAUAAUCUGAAUAAUUUUAAAAAUAAUAGUGAAGUACAAUAUUUCGAAAAUAUAAUAAACUCAGUGUUAUUAAAUCGAUAAAUUGUACAAUUUUUUUAUGUUCAUAAUAAUAUCACUUUGCAUUAAAAGUUUAAAAAAAAAAAAAAAACCCCGUCUAACUGGGUAUUCGUACUUUUGCUAAUGAAAUAUGUGAAAUUGAGUUUGUGGAUAAUUUAAUAACCGUGGUCGAUUAGUUUUAAUUGCAAUAUAAAAUAUAAGCUGGUGUAUUUUUUACAAUUCACCUACGGAAAUUUAAUUUCAAUGCUAUUCCGCUAAAUUGCACUUAGUUUUAAUGUCAAUACAUGCAAAUGAAAGAGUUAAUUGUACUGCGAUUUGCACUACAUAAUUAUAAUCGAUCCGUAUUGUUGCAAACAGAAAAUUGUUAUAACGGAAAAAAAAAAAAAAUGAUAUCGUUUAAUUUAAAAUAGCGUUACGUUUUAAUUGGUAGGUAAUUCAACUAUAUUGAGAAUAUAUAUAAUAGAUCAGUGGUUCUCAAAGAGUAAAUGUUAUUAUAGGAAACCAUUGAAAUAUGAAAUAUAAUAUUAAGUUUAAAAUAAUAAAACAUAAAACGGUUCGCAAAUGUUUCCUCUCUGGAGAAUCUCUGUUAUCACAAAACCGCAAAUCAACUUGUCUUAGCACUAUCCGUGGCUAACCAUUUUAAUAUUUUAAUUUACAUUUAUUUGCAUUAACAAGAAUAAUCAGACAUUAAUGUAUUUUAAAUGUCGCUGUACGUCGUUAAUAUGCAGUGAGACUUCUGUAUUGUACGUCAAAUUGGUGUCACUAAUAAACUGUUUGAUACCAGCCAUUUUUAUAUUGGUCUGUGUCUAAAAGCUAAUUAAGAUAAUUUUUAUUAUCUUAAUUAGAUUUUAUUAUAUUUUAUCAAGAUAAAACCAAAAUAUCUAAUCUUUAACUUGUAAAUUAUUUUUAGUAAAUACACAGAUAGUAACUAUAACCACGACAUCGCUGUUAUUAUUAUUUUUAUAAUUGUAUGGUUCUAAUCUAAAUUAUCUACCUACUAUACUUACGAAUUAUCUGAAUGUAUUUUCUUUAUUAUCUUUGUAUAUGUUAUCUUUAUCUAGACGAUUGAUAAUUUAUCUGAUCCGUAAUAUUAUUACGACCUUAUGAAAUAAAUAUAUUUUCCAACUGCAUAACUAUAUAGGUAUACGUAAGUAUUACAGUUUCUGGUUCACUGACAAAUUCAAUAUAAUGACUGUAAACAAUUUUCGCAAAAAUACGCAUGCUUAUAUAUUAUCGAACUAAACAUUGGAUAAUAAUUUCCAAGUAAAAAAAAAAUCUAGUGAAACUUUUAAAAAACUUUCCGCAGAAUUGUAUGUUUCGUGUUUUGUUUUAUACAUUAAUGAAAAAAAAGUUUGUUGUUCAUAAGCAGCGGACAUUCCAAAACAUGCAAAGUUUUAUAUAAUAUUAAAAUUACAGACUUUUAAAUUAUACAAAAUGUUUAUAUUAUUUUAUUCACUUAUACCCGCAAAUAGAACCCUGAACCGGUUUAAGGCGUAGGCUCAUGCCUACAGUAGCAUCGUCGUCAUUUUUUAGGGGCGGCAUUGUUUGAUACAACAGUAUAAUCUGCAGUAAUAUUGAGUUCACGGUUUUUUAGUAGUUAGGUUUUAAAUUAGGAUUAAUCAUCAGGUACCUAAGUAAUGUAAUCGUUUCGGAACAUUUACGUAACACUGAGAAUUUAACUACAGAGGAAAAAGCGUUUCAAAAUUAAAAAUAGAAAAAUAUUAAAGUAAUAACAAACGUCCAUCAAUAGUUUUCAAUAGGGUAAGCAAAAAAAUACGUUUUUAAUUUAAUUUUCUAAACAUUGUUUUUGUAUAUUGUUAUUUGUUUUCUCUAAAGACACUUUCGGUUAGUAAAAAUACUCCGGUUUUUUCAUGUAUAUAUCUUAAUAGAUGUAUAUUUUUUACUUAGUAGUAUAUCUUACUUGAAUAUUCUUUUAGAUUUCUAAAUAUUAUUCAACAACUUUAAAAAAAUCCAUCAACAAAUGGCGGAUACAUUGAUUUUAUUUUGUUGGUAUCUGGGUCACCUUAGCCACAAGGAGAAAAAAAACCUUACCAGUUUAUCGAGCUUAAAAACGUGGUAUGAUUGUGAUGAUUUUUCGUUAUUUACAGACCUUACAGUAAACAAAUUAAAUCACACUAUAUCCAAUACCUUCCAAACUUAUCACCUACAACUGUGGUUUACCUAUAGUAUGAAGUAUGUCCAGCUUUUUAAAAUUUAUGUAUUCGUUAUUUAUUUUGAACAUUCGAUAUUAUAUCAAAAUUGCAUGUUAUAAAACUAUAAUAAAUUGGCUUUUAAAAUAUUGCGCUAAUAAUUGACAAAUAUAUCUUGAGUAAAUUAUAAAAAUAAAUAUUUGUCCAUUUUUUCCUCGUACUUUUCCUGUGAUGAUGGGUGAAAACCGGAGAAAAAAAACUGCUGGAUAACGGGAUUACUUACAGAACUACGAUUAUAACACAUCUUGCCUUUUUUUUUUUCAAUUUAAACGAAUUUACAUUAAGUUUUUCUACAGUGGACCUAGUUCGUUUCGUCUAUACGACAAGUAUUACAUGAGUAAGUGUAUGUUAUCUACUUAUAACUUCGGGCGAAUCGAUAAAUCACCCGGGCUCGUAUACUCGUUUUUAGCCCUCAGGAGUCUCCAAUAAGGGUUCUUUUAAGUUUUAAAUGAGGUAUACUAUUAUGAAUAUUGAACAGAUAUCUAAUAUAAAAUAGAUACAUAAAUAUCCCGUAUAUUAUAAACAAUAAUAAUAUAUAGACCCUGCAGAGCAAUAUAUUAUUAUUGUGGUGCACCAUCGAGAUUAAUGCGGAAGUAUUGCGAAAAAUAAAGAGAUAAUAUUUUCAUCACUGACAAGUGCGUACCGUGGUCCGUUAAGCUUAUGGAGAGAGGAGAGGGAGGGGUAAACACUAUAAUUAUACUUGUAUAAGCUAAAAUAAUUUUAAGUAUUAAAUUUGUAUUAAAUAUUACUAUUACAUUAUUCUUAUUAUUAUUACUUUUGUACUCAAAUUGUAAUAAUUUAAAAAUAUACAUAUGCAUGCCAAUUUAUCUAUAGUGUGCACUUAUUAAUUUGCGUCACUUUAUUCCGGUAGUUAGCCAGUUAGGUGUAAAAGUAUAGUUAGCAUUAAUAUUAUAUUUUUUUUUUGAUGAAAAUAUCACACGUAUGUAUUUUAAUCUUAACAACUUAUCACGAAUUAUAUGAGUCGAAUAAUUUAUCGUAAUAAUAAUACUGCGUGAAGGCGAGAGAAGAAAAAUCUGAAUUGUUUUUGAUUCUGAGUGACGUGAAAAAACCUAUGGUUUUACAAAAAUAUAUAUUUUUUUUUUAUUUUCUCGGAUUUCUACGUGUAGCUUGUAGUUCCUUUUCUGAAAGGAAAUUGGUGUGGGGAGGUACUUUAGGGAAGUCUUUUUUCAAUUUUCUAGAAAGUUUCCUCAUCAAAUGUAAAAAACUGAAGAAAAAAAAUGGAAAACAAGAAAUGUAGGUAUUAGUCAAAAUAUAUUACGACCUUCUCUUUUUUCUAUGAACAACUUCGCGAUUUCGCUCGAACUUUUAAUGAAAAAAAUUUUUCUAAAAGAAAAUUUCACUGGGGAGGUACUUUAAAGAGGUAAUUUUUCAAUUUUUUUAGGAGUUUUUCCAGCAAAUGUGAAAAACCGGGAAAAACGUACAAAAAAAUUGGGAAUAUCGGUGCAACUUUAAACAAAUAUUAUUAAAGAAAAUAUAUAAAGCCUAUUGAAUUAUUUUUUACUAUAAAAUAACAUAUAUAUUUUUGAAAAAACAUCACUAUCAACUGAACUUCCUUCAAAAUCGUUUUUCGUAAGAAAUAGUUUAUUUUUGCUUACAGGUAUACAUUAAAUUAUCUAUAACAGUAGCUGUACUCGUCGCCAUUAUCCUAGGACUUCUUUUUUUUUUUCAAUUAUUGUUUGCUCCACGUCUGGUGAUAAAAAAUAUCUAUCAUAUUUAGACCUUUGUAUUGCUGUAAAACAAUUUAUUAUUUUAAAGUUAAAAUACAAAUAUUAAUGUGUAGUUUAUAUUUCGGAGGGGUUUUGAACCAACCACCACACCCCUCCCUUCAUACGCUCACUGCUAUUAAAUGUUUCAUAUUUCAUAUUAUAUUAAUAUAAUAUAUUGUGCUGAACUCAGUGAAUCGUUAUAUUAUUUUAAAAUCCGUAAAAAUUGUGUAUGAAUAAUAACGACUGCAGCGCGGUGUUUUUGAGAAAAAGUAGGACGUUAACUGACGACGGAGUAAUCGCGGUUUUUAAUGUUAUAUUAAAUUCGCAGUGAAAAAUGAGACUUUUAUUUAAAAAAAAAAAAAACCGGACAGUUUUGCAAGACCUCGGAAAUGACGUUAUCAUCUCGUGAAAAAGCGCAAUGCGGUCGUCUCGUAUGAAUGCCAUUUGAACGGAUCAACCUGCAGACGAUCUGUUAUUUACAAAUAACCGGAUAUGGUUAAAAACAAUGGGCAUUUUUUUUAUUAUUCCGUUUUUUUUUUCUAACCAAAAAUUAUAUUAGAAUACAGUAUACAUAAUACGUAUACUAAUAUAGUACCUAUAUAAUAAUAUAGAAUUACUUAUUAUUAAAAAAAAAAAAAACAAAUCGUUCUCUGCUGAAAGCGAUAAAAGUGGGAAUUAAAUGAUUUCCUAAGAAAGGAAAGAACAAAAAACACCUAUGAAUAAGAUGCUGUAAGCUGAACUUUUUAGAGGGAAGGGUUCAAAUUCAGGUGAAAAAUCAGUCGGCAUAACAAUUGUAAUUUUUUAUGCGCUGAAUUCAAAUAUGAAAUUAGUUCUCCUCUAAUAUGUUUAGUUUUUUGUUAACUUAGAUAAAAAAAAUUAUUUUUUAUAUUGGUGCACCAUCAAAAAUAAUGAUUUAAAAGUUUUGGGAAUGUUAUUAGGUCAACAAAAUAAUUUUACUAAGUUUCCUUACAUUUUUAAUCACAAUUUGAGUGUUUUCUAGUAGUAUUAAUAUUGGCGUAAAUUUUUCGACUAGGUACAUAAUAAUUAUGUAGAUAUGUAGGCGAUCAAUUGAAAAACAAAACUAAAUCAGUCUAUAAAGAAGUUUAUGUUUCCACGUGUUACGUACAUGUUUUAUAAGUUCUAUAUAUUUAAUUACAAAUCAUUUCAAUUCAAAUUUAUUCUCGUAUUAAAUUAAUUCAACAGCUCUUCGGAUUUUAUUUGGUUUUAUGGUAUGAAAUCUACUAAUAAAAUAUCACGGAAAGGAUUUAUUUGUUUUCAAAAGUAAAAUUAAUUUAAUUUUAAAUGUAUUUUUUCCGUGCAAAAAUAUGUUAUAAUUAAUAUGUACAUCAAUGUUUUAUUUGUGUCAUAGUUACAACUUGGAACGGGAGUUAUUAAAACUACCAGUUUUGAAUUAGACAAUCCCAUAAUUUUCAUAAUUUAUAUUAUCAAACUUUUCAACAUCUUUUUAUGAUACUAUAUAUGUAGGAUAUUUUGUUAAAAUUUAAAUUGUAUCAACUUGGUCGGUGAAUAGGGCACCCCCUAUUUCGAUCUCUUCAGAUCGAAGACCCCUACGUAAUUCGAAUUCGUUUGUUUUUUUAAAUUAAUUUUAACUUGGUUAAUCUAUUAUUAUUUAUGAUAACUUAACUAUUACUUAUUCAUAAUAUUUGUAAACUUUCUUAGAUUUCCAUGACUUGUGAUCGACCAUUGAGUUUGUCAAAGUUUUUGGGAUCAUACAGGUACUUUACCGGAUCACCGUUUUUUGUCUAGCCUAACCUGUAACCUAGUUUAAUCAUUCUCGAAAAUUCGAUAUGUGAACGAUGACAAUGACAGUCUCGAGCAAAACAAUUUUAAUGUAUAUAAUUUACUUGCAUACGUCAUUCACAUUUGUUUGGAAAAUCAACGAUAAAUGCAAGUUUUUAAAAAAAAAAAUCAGAAUCUGUAGACGAUUUGUUAGGUAUAAAGAACGUCAUCGCAAUGGGUACAAAAUCGUGUCGCCGUCGACCUGUUGGCCACACCUGCUGUAUUUAGCUCGGAUUAAUAAUUCGACGAGAUUUUCAACACGCAAUAGUAAAAAACGAAAAUUCCCAGUCGCACGCGAACAGGCGUGUAGAAGACGGUUCGUGUGCCGCACGUGAAUUUUCGUACCUACGCUCGAAACCUACCUAAAGUUAUGAUAUUGUGAAAAUACUUUCGUUGAAUAUAUACAUUAUACAUAUGAUAACCGUGUAGGACAUUUUGAUUUCUGGGUCAGUCGUUUUCCGUCGGAUUACAUAUAUUAGUAUAUAUUAGUACCUACAUACCUAAUAACCUAGAAACUUGUCACUUUUUGUUUCGGAACGGCUUACAUACACAAAAGCCUAUACGCCUAGAUAGUGGCUACGUGGGUGAUGGUCUACGUUCGACGAUUUGUCCGGGUGACUAUUAUUUUAGUAAGUUAAUAACGCGUUCUGGACGAACAUUUUUCAAUGCGCGUUUUCCCUUCUCGUUUCGAAUUUGGUUACAAACACCGAAAAAUGUUGUACAAGAAAUAAUAAGUACGAAAUAUGUAAAAAUUUACUUGCAGUUGUACAGCUAAAACGAAAUAUUAUUUUAUGUUCCCCCUUCUCCGACAUUCCUAGUCAUUGUAGUUAUUUAACAAACGCGUUCAUGCAAGUUCCUACACAAGUGGGGGAGUAUUGUGAAAACAGAUCCCUCAUUACUAUCGGUUCCUAUACAAAGAUAAGAUGAUGUGUUACGAUACAAAACAAAAAUAAACGACACGGUUUUUUCUUUUACUUUUUUCGCAUCUAUUUAUCUCGCGUUACAUAAUUAUUAUUAACACAUACUAUUAAUUUCUGGGUACUGAUAGUGAAAAAAAAAAAAAACUACAAAUAACACCCUUACUAGUUUACACCGAGUUCCGAUCAGAAUCGGUUUUAGAUUGCUACGAUUUAUCGUUACCCGCAUCAGUAUACAAACUAAAUUGCUAUUAUAUCCUGAAAUAUCUUUAAAAAUCUCCAACUACAACGGCGGCCUAUUGUCUAGCCACGGUGGUGCAAAGUGGUUUAACGAUAUACUGACUCGUGGUGAAAAACAAAAAUUAUUUAUAAUGUAAUACAUGCAUUGCAUUUUCGAUGCCAACUUAUACAAUAUCGCAGUAAAACAUAUAUGCUAUUAUGAAAUGGGUUUUAACGAUGUAUUGUUUCCUAAAGAACACUGCAAUACGAUAGUUGUAAAUAAAUACCUGAAUACGCGUUUUGACCGUGUAAAUAGGUUACAGUACUGCAGAAUUUAGUUUGCUUGUAAUUUUUUGCGCGUGCACAGGGAGAAAAUUAUGGCACCCGUGGGACGAAUAAAUGGCCAAUUGUCAUAUUUUUUUUUUUUUUAUAAAUAACGCGUUUUAUAGCUUGCGUUCCACAAUAAUAUUUGUUGAACAUAAUAUUUUGUUUUUAUAUGCGCGUAGAAGGGAACAUUUUUCACGCAGUGUUGGUAAGUACAGGACGCUUGAACGUCGUGAACACAAUAUUAUUAUUAGAUUGGAUAAUUUCAUUAUUUAAUAUAAUCCAAUAUUAUUAUGCUGGCCGAACAUAAAAUCAAAACGCAAGUAUGUUUUAGUUUACUAAUCAAAAAUUGACAUUUUAAUUUUCAAACGAACUAUUAAUGUGUCUAGGAUGUUAAAUGUGUUCAUUGAUGGUAUUUUUUUAAACAAAUAUAUAUAUUUUUUUCUUCUAAUUAAAACGCGUUUACGGUUUAUUUCUAAAUGUUUCUCUUAAGUUGUAGUUGAAUUAGGUACCUAAUUGAAUUUAUAUAUGUGCGAUAGUAUUCUCAACGAUAAACCAUAGCUAACGCAAAACGAUUCUGAGCAAAGAACACUUGUCGUCUUUAUUCCCUUGUUGCAAGGGCAACCCAAAAAAAUAUACAAAAAAUUAACAAUUUUUGCUGCUUAUUAAGAAAACCGCGAAAAGUAGAAAAAAAAACCUCCUAAAUGUAUAAACAGGGGUAUAAACUAAAUCAUAAACGCUACAAGAAAGUUCUCCGUAAUUUAUUCGAAUGUAUUUAUUUAUUUUAGUUAUUUUAAAUUUAUCGCGGUUUCAUAGAUUUUUUUUUGAUACUAUAAGUUUAUCCAUAUCCAUUUUAUUGGUUUUCUAUAGUAGUUUAUAAUCGAUAUAAAAAGUGCCGAAAUUCGUGAAUUAAUCAAAGAACUGGACACGGUCAUAACGUUUAUAACAGUUACUGCCAUUCUUUUUAUACAUUGUAUUAUAUCACUAAUGGUCUUUUUUUUUAACCUCCCCACAACCCUAACUGAACUAUUAUUUUUCUCAGAAUAUUAUUUUUUUAUGACUUAGCAGAGAUCCUCUUCUUUAAGUUUCCUAAUUCGAGCACUGAUUAACCAUAUAUUACUAUAUAGUUUGUUGAUAAAUCGUAAAUAUAUUUUAUUUUCCAUCUACAUUAAGCCCGUUUAGGAGACACAUAAAAUUAUAUGUGUAUUAAUGGCACAAUAGGAAAUCAUAUUAGAAUAUACCGUUAUUUGAUUUAUUAGGUAAUUAACGAGUCUUAUAGGACUUCCAUAAUAUAAUACAUUAAUAUAUCUUGGUAAUUAAUCAGGGUUGCCUACUAUGCUUUUGAAAAAAAUCAGUUUUUUGAGUUUUUUUCUUAUAAAAUAUAGGUACUUUAGAAAAAAUAAAUAAUACUCCUAAUCCCUUCUUUUGGUAAAAAUAACCAUUUAAUAUUUCAUCCUAUUAAUUAAUGAAUACAAUGCAAUACAUAAUAUUAGGAUUAUUUUGUUAAGAUGGGCAACCAGCAAAUGUGCUUAGCUUUAUUGAAUAAACAACUUCUACGUCACGGUCAUCUUUUACAUUUUCAUCACCUUCGUUAUUAUUAUAAAUUGUUCUCAUUUUAGUCAACAUAUAAUCAACAAUCUAAAACAUACGUAAAAUGUUUUUUUUAUCACAAAAAGUGUAAAAAUUAAUAAACCAUUUAAAAACAAAUGCGUUAAAACUUAGAAGUUUGACGUCUCUGCUCCUCUAUUAAAUUUUGGCCCUUAUGUUAUUAUAUGUUAAUACUGGUCAUCCGAUCAUGGAGUCUCACAUCGCGUGCCAUAUGUCCGUAGGUUACCUAUUUGUAUUACUACUAGUAACAAUGUCAGACAUAAAAAAAACUGAUUAUCAUGUACAGGGCCAGUUUGACAUAAAACCGGCAGCCCGUCGCCGUCUAAAAAGCCGACCGGGCCGGCCAAAUACCGGCCGGUUGGCAACCCUAUGAUUAUUGGAAUUUUACCACUCGAAAUAAUUGGAAUAUAUUUUGUUUUAUUGUGAUUAUAAUUUAUUAAAAUCGUGUGUGAAACUCGGACGACGGGACAGUUCAACGAUAAAAAAAAAAUGUAUUUUAUAUUGUAAUACUAGCACCACUAUAUUAUAAAUGAUAUUGGUCGGAAGGAAAACAUAAUAACAGUAGGUACGAAAUGGCGAGCCAAGAGUAUAAAAUUAUAGAAUAUUAUUAUUUCUGUUUCGAAAGGUUCUACUCAUAAAUUUAUCAAUGGGAACAACCUCACUUUCGUCAUAUAUUUUGCAGUUGUUGUUAUUUGUCUACGUAUAAUAUGCAUAAUAUAUAUUAAAGUAUAUUAUUAUAGUAUGGUGCUCCUACAUAUAGUUUUAUUGUUAUCAUAUUUUUUGAGUAUUAUAAAAUAUAAAGUUUAUCUAAUUUAAAAACAUAAUAAUAAUAUAAAAUUAACAACAUUACACUCGAUUAUUUUCUUCCCGCUAUAAGUACAACUUUUGAUGAACCAUGCAUAUCAAAUUGUCGGGUAUUUUUUAGAAUCCAAAAAUGUUGUAUCAAUACAUAAGUCCAUGCAAAACUUGAUAAUUUUAAAUAUUUAUAAACAGCUUUAAAAUGCCAGAAUAUUUUGAAAAUUGUAUUAUGUCUAAAAAAUGCUAAUAUAAGUAUACAGUGACGAUUUCGAUUCUCUACGAUUAUUUUUUACUAAAUUAUAAUAAAAAAUAAAAUUGAAUAUAACAAAAACUAUAAAUAAAUUAAAACUUCCAUUUCAUCGACGGUUUUUUUGAUCAAUUUUUUCCUAUUAUUAAGACAAUUUUAACGAAUCUAUCCAUUGUACUUGAAAAGUACAUUCUUUUGGAUCUUUUUUUGUAGAUAUUAAUGUAGUAUUAUUUACAUUCGUGCAUACUUACCACAAUUAUUUAUUUUUUCAAUUUCUCGGUAUUAAACGAUUUUUUUUUUAAGGGAGGGGGGGGAACGCGAGAAAUAAAAUUGACCGUGGAAAAUGAUUGAUUCGCCGAAUACUUUAAUUUUAUGUGUCUAUUUUUCAAACACCACCGUGUCAAUAAUAAGUGAUACGAAACGAACUUGUAUUUCUGCAGAAAUACUGCAUAUAUACUCGUAUAAUAUCAUAGCCACGAUAAAAGCUGUUAGGAAAACACAAUAUUCCAGAAUAGAAACGUGUUUUGUUUCGUGAAUUAUUCACGCCGUUCGUUUGUUCUUACAUUUUUAUAGAUCUCGAGAUUGGCUACUGCAGAUGCUAACACUAGCAAUAUACACAGACGGUAAUUUGUAUUCGCUGCAUAUAAUAUAAAAUGAUAAAAAAUAAUAUCAUCGAUAUCUUAUCUAGUAUACGGCGAUUCGACGUGUUGUAAACAUAAUUCUAUAAAAUAUAUAUACACGUUAUUUUUUUAUCAGAAUCGUGAUGAUAACGUCGCUUUUCUUUUGUUCUGGUUUACGGAUUUAUAGAUUAUUCGGUCUUGGAUUAUGGUUCUAAUUGCAUUAGAACAUUCAGCACAGACGAUAACGUAUACAAAAUAUAGUUCAAACAUUUCCCAGCGAAAUAUUGUUUGAUAUUAAUUUGUACUGAAAAAAAAAAAAAAAAAAAUUAUAACAACUUACAUAUAACAGCGUAUGCCACUAAAACAUAUUCGAAUUUAGAGUUUUAAAUUCAAAACUCUAUGAGCGGUAAGUAGGUACAUGGAUUACGUAAUUCACGUUGCCCCCUUUUCUUUUAUAUUAAACGAAAAUUCAAAAAAAUAAUAUAUACCUACUGUUAUUUUACUCUAUACUCACGCAGCAAAUAAUGUUUAUCAGUCUCAGUCACGUGAACAUUAGAAAAAAAAUCGCACCAAAUCGUACAAUAAAAAUUCUAUUGAUGUGUUUUAAAACCUCACGGUUUAAAAAUUAAAUUAUGUAUACAUGGCGUGCCGGUGAAUUCCAUAAUAAUAUUUUAAUAUAAUAUCAUUAUUAUUCGCGUGUAGUGACCCACGAUUUGAUCAUAUGAUUAUAAUCGAGCACAACUUAAAAAAUAAAAAUCAACUUUACCACGCAACUCAUAUAAGUAUUGUCAAGGAAACGUAUAAGUGAACGAACCGAGUACCCCGUGUAUUAUUUCUCUUUGUAUCACUUUUUAUUUCAUGGAAACAUGUACAUUGUACACCUUUAUUGAGUAGCAAUCACUGCAAAGUUAAAUAUUAUGUUAAUAUGUUGAAUUUGUUAGUUUAAUAAGCUAAACAAAAAAAUCCAUCAGAUAUUACGUUACUGUGCUUACCUUACCAAAUUAUUAUUAUUAUUAUCAUGUGGUUUAUUGUUAAAUGGAACGCUUGUAAUAAAUUUAAAUUAAUAAAAUAGUAAAAUAGUUUCAUGAAUAAAAAAGAGCUGAUACUGGGGAUGGGAGCAGCCACUGUUGUGAGUGAGAAGUUGGGAAGGUAGAAUACAUAAGAUUAUUUCGUUUAUAUCUGUAAGCAACGAUAAACCAUUGCUUGACGAAUGACGAUUCCGACCGCAGUUCGGUAAUACAUAAUUUGAAUUGUCAUUUUUUUUUUUUAUUGCGAUUUUCGUUUAAAUUUAAAUUUAAAACACUUAUUAAAAUAAAAAAAAAUCGUCGGAUCAUUUUGGAAAUUUUAUCACAUCUAGGUAAUUCCAAUACAAGUAUUAUUACCAAGUUUCAAGUCUUUAUGUGUAUUAAUAACCAAAUUACAGCAAAAAUUAAAAUUCCUUAAAAGCUUAAAUUUGGCUCAAACGUUUUAGCAAUGAUAUCGCAAGAAAAUCAAUCAAAUAAGCAACAAAAAAGGUAUCUUGUGAUUUUUCGAUUCAAUCAUUUUUUCUGGUAGAAAACGUCAUUCGUGUUUUUAUAAAAUAACGAAAUCGUGAAAUUGUAAGUUUUCCUACGUUUUUUCUCGCUUAAGUGCUUUUAUUUAAAAAAUGAUGUUGAAAAUAAAAAAAUGACCUCUUUAAAAUACAAUCUUGAGCUUUCAAAAAAGUUGCUACACGUAAAAAUCGGAGUAAGUUUACUAAUAAAAAACGUGUCCACAGACUAGAACAAAGAAAAAAAUAAAUAAACAGCAUUGUAAAACCAAUAGCUCCCUCGUUACGCUCGGAAUCUCAAAUGGAUAAAAGUAAUAUAUAAUAUAACAUAAUAUAAUGAAUCGGUUUAUAGUUGUAAACCUAGAGUGUAACAUAUAGCAAAAUGUGUUGGGUCGUAAAUUCAUAAUCGUAGGUCUAGAUUAUUGAUUCAAACUACUUCUUUUCCUGUAACGUCAUGAAUAUCAUUUAUUGUUCCUAUGAAACCCUGGAUUAAGUAGCCAAUGAUAAUGUGAUGGAUUGUAAUGGAGCACCACAAUCGCAGGUUGUAUUAUCUCUGAUGUUCUAUUUAUGGAGCAUUUCAUUGCAUCGUCCGUGUCCAGUUCGGAUUCUGUUGAGAGUGAUACAAUCAUGUCGUUUCAGUAUAGUGCCUUGAACUGGAAUUAGAGGGUUCUGUAUGAGGUAAAUCUUUACCCGUCAGAAACGUUGCCUGGGGUACACUGCGAGGAAGUGAUUUACUGUUGUACCCCACCCUACCGAAAAGCUUAGAUUGCUCCCGGUGUGCCAGUACCCAGUGGUAAUUGACUCCUAUGAUAUUUAACUGGUGGAGGACCGUUUAAUCGUUACAUCGGUAAAAUUCUAUAAAGGUCAAUAGUCACUAGCGAAAUAUUAUCCCAUAUUUAUUAAAAUUUUACCGAGAGGGGGGAAGUUAAAAAUAUCAUAGGGGCCAAUUUUGGUUUAAAAUAACACAGGAAUGCUGCUUCCUUGCUUUUUUCCCGCGUGACUGGGUUAAUCUACUCUUAUAUUAUAAUACCAUUUAUCCAUCUAUUCUAUAUGCUCUCUAAAUACCUUCCAUCAGUACCAUUCUGUAGCCACUAUCUGUUUGGCCUGUAUCUUGUCCGGCUUUCGUCUACACCACUUGUCUCACAUAUCAUUUCGACUAUUUCAUAUAGUUUCUCCUUCUCUCCUUCUUCACUUCAAUCUAGUUUUUCUCAUUUUCCUCCACUAUACUUACUGCUCCUAUAAUACCAUUUUGUAAUAAUUUAUCAGAUAUAGAACUAAUUAAUGUAACAUAAAUAUAAUUUUCAUCGAAUUGGAUAACAGAAAGCAAACUGCGUUUACAGUUUAAUAGUGGGCGUGGUGUUAAAUAUUGUUAUCGGAUUUAUUCCAUUUACUGGACGUAGGCGUGGGCGCGAAUAAAAAUACGAGUGACCUCAAAGCCGUUUAUAUAUACGGCAGGGACGUCGCGUCAAUGACUUACAUCCGUAUAAUAUAAAAAUAUUAACAAAACAUAAUAAUAAUUGUACACCCUUGUCGAUUUAUAAUAAUCAAGGUCCGGAUUUAAGUGCUCUGAAAUCAAUUGAAAAAUGUUCUAAAACAAAAAAUCCAAAUAAAAAAAAGUGUGAAAAUGAACGUUUCGCCGCUUUUAAAAUGUGUCGGUAACGCGAAUCAAAUUACGCGCUUGAAAAUUGGAAUGCAUUGUCCUAGAACACUAAAAUAAAAACAAUAUACUUUACAUUGAAAAUUUGAACCCUGAUAAAUCAACAAUAAAGUCGCGACAAAAAAAACUGUGUUUUGGUGUAUUGUCGAAUUUAUUGGGAACUAUAUAAUAUACAUUUCGAAAUCGAUCGUUGGAAAUUUAGUUCUGUGCUCGGACGUAUUUCUUAUCACGCAUUUUUUGCUAGUCGAAAACCGACGAGAAAAAAACAGACAAAAUAACGAAAUAAAACAGCAGAAAGUAAUAAAUAAUAAUUAUUAGAUAUGUAGGUAUAGACACGGAAAUCGAUGCGGUCGGCGGUGAUAAUGUUUUUAAUUAAAUUCCGCCUCGCGGGGUGCCGUGCGAAUUUACUCGCGCCGUCUUUUCGCCUGUUUUAAAUAUCAUAAAUUGCCCUCGAACGGACACACCCUGCAAGCGAAUAAAAAUAAACGUGCAAAUGAUGACGGUUAUAAUAAUAAAAUUGAUUAAUCAAUUCAAAACAUUAUACGGUUGAUAAAACAAUAUCACGAAGCUCUCAUACAAUAUUCUAUUGAUUUUUGUUUACUAUUCUUAUUUUAUUUUAUUUUUUUAAUAUUAAUUCUACGACGAUUGGUUAUUAUGGAGUUAUUCUAUACAAUAUAUUGAAAAAUUUCGUAUUACUAUAAAUAGUUCUAAAAUCUCCAUAAUGAUAUGGAAAUUAUACUACGUCUAUAACAAGCUUACACAACUGUUCGGUAAAAAUCUCAGGUCCCAACAAAUAUUUCUAACUGAACUACAACAAAAGAACAAAUUUGAACAAAUCCUAAAUCCGGCAAUCAUCUAAUUAUGAUUAGAUGACCACUGGGUCAGGUAACAAAUUUAACGUCAGCUAGGUUAUUGAAGCUGAAGUCUGCAUAUGACGGCAAUUUUGGGAGAAGCGAAAAAUUCGUUUUAAUGAUUUUUUUUGGAUUUUUCGAAAUUUGUUGUUAUAUUAGUACUGAAUAACACUAAUGUUUAAAAAUUUUUUGAGGGGGAGGUGAAGGAUCACGAUUAUUUUGGGAGAGUGGUAAACAAAUAAGCCGAAGGGCAAAAAAAAAAAUGGCAGCUAUUAUACAUUCUAAACUUUUUGUUCCAUUUUUUUAAUUUUCAGAUUACACUUUAGGUUUUUAACUUCAAAAAUUGAUCCAAUCAAAAAAUUCAUAAAACUUUGUAUAUAUUUAUUUAAAUAAUUUUACUCAAAUAUUUUACACGUUUGAAUAGGAAUACAUCUUAUAAAUCUCAAAUUAUGACAUUUAAUAUGCUGAAUUUGUCUAACAAUUUUUAUUUUAUUUUUAAGAUAACUGCUCUUUUUCAUUAUAAAUAGGAAUAGAUGUCAGAUGUUCAUUAGCAUAACUGCAGUGGCGCACAAAGAAAAAUGUUAAGAUUUAAUUAUUUUACGUACACGGACGUCAAUCGUUUAAUACUUAUUAUUAUUCGAUUUUUAACAUUUAUUGAGUUUUCAGUAUCUACAUUUAAAUACAUAAUAAAGUACCCGAUUAUAAUGUAAUUGUCAUAUUCGACUAAAAAUGACUACAAUAUUUUAAUGUUGAAGUUUUGAAGAUAACAAUUUCGUUUGAGAUUUCUUAUUCAUGCCUACCUAUGCGGUUUCUGGAUAUAAAAUGAUUACACUAUAGGUAGGUAUAAGUCGUUAAUGUGAUUUAACGAGUUCGUUUAAAAAAAAAAAAAUUAUUCAGUGAGUACAAAUUAUUUAUAUAUUUUAUUUAAUAAUGAACAUUUAUUAUUUUGGACCAAAUGCAUUGCAAUAUAUCGUGAAUUUAAUUGAUUUUACCCGUUUGAAAUUCAAAGGAGAGAGUAACUUUUGAUUCCCGAGAGGCGUUCGAUUUCAAUUUAGAGUUCAGAUAUACACUCGAGGUCGUUCCCGUCGGCGAUCAUGAGUGUUUUGAUCGAGUCGGUAAACGUCGCCGUUCUAAAUAAUUUACUAAUCUUUGAAAUAUUUAUUUUAAAUUUAUAUUUUCUCUUAGUCGAAAUCCUCUAAAAUUUUCUCAUCGUUCUUUAAAAUAAAGCACUUCAUACUGUUUACUUUGAAAAAAUUAUUCGUGUAAAUUCCUGACAGUCUCAAACAUGGAUUUCAGACUUUUUUAAAUAUCUAGACUAUCCGGGCCAAAUUUUCGGAGAGGGGGAGGGAGGUUUAGGUGAUGUUAAAUUAAAUCAUUAUUUUUGUUACGAACAUAAUAAUAUUAUUAGCAUUAGCAUUUUUCUUGAAAAUAAUAAACAACACUGUUUAACAAAUUCCGGGAGGGGUUUGAACCCUCAAAAACGCCCACCCCCCCACCAGAUAAUACCACAUUGUGCGGUAAACCUGCAAAUACUACGAUUUUCCACUUUUAAUUUCAUAUUUGUCCCGUCUGGUUUUUCUUUUAAACUUUCUUUCUUUUUGGAUGAUUUAUUGCGCUUACCCAUAACAACAUAAUAUCGUUGCGUAGAAAAAAAUGCGUAUUUCACGAGCUUGAUGUUACAAACCCGUAUGCCGUCCACCAAUGAAUAUAUUAUUAGACAGUGGUACAUAUGAUACGUUAUAUCGAUAUAGGUACAUAAUAUAAUACAUGUCAUGCACGCAGUAAAUUUAAUAAUAUUAUGCAACUUUGGCGUGCGGAUUUAGAUAUUUUCCGAACGAAAACCCAAUGUGCGUUUGUGAAAAUCGAGAAACGAUUGGGCAAUUUGAUACUAUACCUUCCGAAAUCGUUAUACCCCAUUCCCACUAUGUACGUCCGUAUACGACAGACACGCGAUCGUAUUACGCACAAAUAGCCGUCUUAAAUUAUUAUUUAAAAAUAAAAAAAAUAACCUAUAGUCCUUAGUCUUUUUAUUUUUCUUAUCGAGGUCACGCAAUUGGCAUAUACUUAAAAUACUUAAGACCGAGCCGGGUUCUGCGGGCCACACCCUAUUUUAACUCCGAUCCCCACGAGCGACGACGAUCGAACUAAUAAAAUUCCGGGACAUUUUUAUUUGCAAACGAAACCGCUUACAUUAUUGUUACGCUCAACGGUGGCAUCAAGGAGAAUGGCUUGACCGUGUACAAUAAUAUAAAAUUCGAUUGCUCAAUAUAUUUCUUGAUUUCGAAACGGUAAAUGAAAUAAAAAUUUAAAAAAAAAAAACUUGAACCGUUUUGUCUGAUAUAACCUGAAUCUGUAUAAAAUCCGUUUUGAUUGGUUUAGUUACAUCUAUUUCAUUCCCGUCAAUUUCGAACCACUAAUUAUGUUGGUAUUUUUAUUGGCUCGAGGUAUUAAUCAAGCACCUCCGAUAGUGUUUACGUUUUAUUUUUAUUUGACCAGUAUCACUAGCAGAAAAUAGAAAAGAACAAACGAGUACUGGAUUGUGUCCACAUUCGAAACACACGGGCCAAAUAAUCUGAUAAUUCGAUAAAAAAAAAAAAUAAUAAAAAAGUUCGACUUAAAAUUUGUUCGACGCGUGGUGGACGAAACGAAACAUUUACACCGGACUCCUUUAGUUUUCGUCCGGAUAUUGGGUAGUAUCCAAAUAAAAGUAUUCGCAGAAAUACCCUUCAAAAUACUUUUCAUUAUAUAUUUUAUUAUAUUGCUAACAGUUUUAUUUCAAUCCAACGCUAUAAUCAAUAUCGUAUAGUGUAUAAGCGUAUUUCGAACGCUUUUUUUGAAGUAUUUUAUUUUUCCGGUCCCUCGAAGUUUUACCGUUGCAUUAAAUAUAAUAGAAUGGACCGUUCAAAUAUACGACCAAAUUUAAUCCAAUUCCAAUUCAAUUUUACUAUACAGAAACAAGGUCUCGUCGAAAGCAACCUAUUAUUGAUCACCUAACCUAUUGGCGAUUAACUGAUUAUUGAAAAAAAAAAAAAAAACCUUUGUCAAUUUCAACAAAUUUAGAAUGCCUAAUCUUCACGAUUUUCACAAAUAUGCUUAUACAAUUUUUAUACGAACUCGUUCGGAAAACGUUUGAAAAGCAUUUAUUUUAAAAUUGACAAUCUCGUCCCAUUCUUCCUUCUCCUCAGUUACUCCUAUAUCUGCACACGCAUGUGGUUAUUAUUCAAUGUAUACAUUAUAUAAAGCACAUUAUAAUCUAUAUACAACGUUUGAUCCACGGAUACUCAAAGUUAACACGAAUACGUGACUUGAUAAUAUUAUUAAUACUGUUUAAGACGUGCUCAUCAUACAACUUUAAUACUUUAGUUUUGUUUACCUAACCUAACAAAUAGAUUAUAUUAUUAUUAUCACAACUAACAAGAUACCGCAAAGUUGUUCCAACAUUAUAAAUACAUAUUCGUAAUUACUAACUCAGUUGACGGUAUUAUAGAUUCCGAGUGAACUAAAAAAAAAAAAAAAAUACCAAAGACCAAUUAUUUACGUCCCUUUCGUAUUUUAUUUUGUUGAUUUCAAAUCAAAAUAAUGGUAUAAUCUAAAUGUUGUUUUUAAGUACAAUAUAAUUUAUAAAUAUGAUGGCUAUACAAAUGAGCAAAAUAUUUUUUUUUUUUAUAAUAAUUUAUGUCUGGUUGUAUGGUUAAUUAUUUAAUUUUAUUGAUAAAACUUACAAAUAAAUUUAAUUUCCUAUAUUUUUGUUUUAGAAAAUACCCAAAGAAUUAAAAUGUACCAAAUGUACCCAAAACGUAUGUUCACAUUCGCUACUCUUGAACGUUCCUCAAAAUGUGGUAAGUUUAUUUUAUAUAUGUACUCAUUUUAUUUGAAGUCAAGGUAGAUAUAUCAAUGUAAAUUAAUUAAUGAUAAUAUCGAAAAAUUCGAAAUCAUUAAACGGUUUAUUACUAAUUAAUAUUUUAAGAAUUGUUUUGACAGGCAAAGUAAUAAAUUAUAAAAAUUCAAAAUAAAUAUAAAAUUUCAGAUUAUUAAGGAAACUAUAACUCCGUGGUUUGGUAUUUAGAAUUUUUUCAGAAAUCAAGAUUAUGUAAAUUACAUAAAAUACUAUCCUGUACUACUGAUAGUAGGAACAUACUCUAAAAAUAAAUUUCAUUGAAUUUACGUAGAAGAAUAUAUUAGGCGGUUUAUGUUUUGGCGAGUUAGUAAAAAUUGCAUUGUAUUUGGCAACUGUUUACAAUGUGUUUUGGCGAGUGAUUUUAAAAUAUUAUAAAUUACAAUUUGUAAUGUGUUUGGGCGGCUUAUAAAAAUCCAUUUUCUUUCGCAUUUUGACAGAUAUGGAACUGUUUGUAAAUUCCACGAGUAUAUUUAAGCAUUUGCAAUCGAAAUGCAUCGUUUAUUUCGUUUUAUAGUAAAAGCGUUUUAAAUUUUAUGAUCCAUAUUUAGUACACGACUCGUAAUAAUUAAUCACUAAAAACCUAUAACGAAUUUACGUUUUCAAUAUUUGAGCAUAUUUGAUAUUUGAAAAACUAUAGUUAUUAUGUUUAAAUCAAUUUAAUAUUAUUACUCACAAGCAAAUGCUCCUAAUUCCCCCCUCCCCUUCUAAAUACCAUAGUAUAAUUAUAUUUUUUUUUUUUGUUUUGUAUUGUGCUAACAUAUGCAUACUAAGUGUUGUAAAAGGCUUUGCCCACUUCCUCCAAAUCAAGGUCUGGAUUCAGCACUGCUGCCAUUAAUUUUUAAGAUCUAUUGAUCUAUAUGUUAAAACGUAUUUUAAUGUAGGAAAUAAAAAUUAAAUAGACGAUGAGAUAUUACAACGGAAAAUGAUUAUCCACGGGAGUCGUGAUCUCCAUUGUUUCCAAAAUAUUAUACGUUGGUAAACCAGGAAAUAAAAAUGACUAAUUCUAAUGAUAGUAUACCUAACCACUAUAGUGAACAAAUACGCCGGUUUAUUACGAUAUUAAUCGCGAAAAACGAGCGAUCGUACUAUAUUGAUCGAUAAAACUAACAGCUGAUAUGUAUAGGUAGCUGAAAUAAACUAUGAUACACUUAGUGGUGCGGGUACACCAAAGUCGCGUUUGUGCGCGAUGAAGACAAAAACUACAUGGUCCGCAAUAACCCUUGCCGAAAUCGUUUGGUUUUAUUUUUGUUAGGAAAUACACAACAGAGACGCGUAACAAUACGAAAAUAUAAUAACGUAGAGACCGUAGGUACUGUGCGAGUGCGGUAAAUUAUGACGUUAUUUCUAUCGGUUUUUAUUAAUGUGUAUAAUAUACGAGCACAUCGCCAAUAAUCGACGGAGUAACGGAGCGGAAAACUCCUGCAAUUAUUACAGUCGGUUUGAUUGGAACUCGGCGUCUUCGUCUAUUAUUUUCAAUAAUGAAACGGUACCUAACAUUUAUGCAUUAGAAAACUAGGAUGCGGUCCUUGUGCAGUGUCUGAGCUGAAGUAAAAUACAGACAAUUGAAUUAAUAUAUACCGGUGACCGCUGCCGUAGUGUUGAACAUACAAUUUUAAUCGGAUUUGAUUAAACAAAUAAUACAUUCAAACCGGAUUGAAUCAAUCGAUCCGGAUAACUAAAUCAAUCCUAAUUUAAUAUUUUAAAUCGAUCAAAUAGUUUUUAGUUUAAAUUUAAUCAAAAUUUUAACCAAUUUUAACGUUUCAAUUGAAAGAAUUCAUUAUUACAUUAGCAUCUUUAGUUAAAAUUUUGUAAAUUUAAUAAAAGUCUCAUAUGAUGCCUAUGCAAAGUCAUCCAAAUUAUUAUUCAAUGAAUUUCUAUCACAGUAAUCAAGUUUUUGUACAACUAAACAUCAAAAAUAAUCACAACCAUCAAAAUAAUCAAUUUUAAAUUGCAUAUUUGAAAUCGUUGCUCAGUAUAACAUACAUUUCUAUGACACUGAUAAAAUCCAUGUCAAGCUGAAAAAGUAUCCCGGACAUUGUUCAUAACGAACAUACGGAGUUCCUAAUUUAUUCAUAUAUUAUAAUUUUUUUUUCAGAUCGAAAAAAACAUGAAGUCACCCAAUCAAAUUCACCUAGCUGAGAUGAUCGACACGAUAGCCCGUUUCAUGUUUCCUAUGGCGUUCACUAUGUUCUUAACAUUCUUUUUCUUUUAUUACUCGGUGAACGCCGCCAACCGGGGUAUGCUUGUCGGCACCAACUGA